GGGUCAUUAUUUGGCAGGGAGCGGCAGAGAGACGAGCAUUUCCUAGAUACCCACAGCAACGCGUGGAUUCAUUCUGCUUCCAUCACUUCAGAGGCGAGCCGGCGGAUUUUCUGGGUUGUUUAAACUUGCUGGCUAGGUUAGGAAAGCCGUACGUUUGGAAAUAAAUCACACCAUCGUAUUUCCUCGGAAGUGUUUUGUUCCUGUACCGGGACUGUCAUCACUGAAGUAAACAUGACGAGCGCUACAUCCCCAGUCUUGUUAAAAUGGGACCCCAAGAGUCUUGAGAUUCGCACGCUGACUGUGGAGAGGUUGUUGGAGCCGUUGGUCACACAGGUGACCACCCUGGUCAACACCAGUAACAAAGGCCCGUCCAGUAAGAAAAAGGGACGCUCCAAGAAAGCUCAUGUGCUGGCUGUGUCUGUGGAGCAGGCGACCCAGAACUUUCUAGAAAAGGGCGAGCAGAUUGCUAAGGACAGCCAGGACCUGAAAGAGGAGCUGAUCGCAGCUGUAGAGGACGUUCGCAAGCAAGGCGAGACGAUGCGCGUGGCCUCCUCAGAGUUUGCGGAUGACCCAUGCUCCUCUGUGAAACGUGGCACCAUGGUCCGGGCCGCCCGUGCCCUCCUCUCUGCCGUCACUCGCCUCCUCAUCCUGGCUGACAUGGCCGACGUCAUGAGGCUCCUGGCUCACCUUAAGAUCGUGGAAGAAGCUCUAGAAGCCGUCAAGAAUGCCACCAAUGAGCAAGACUUGGCCAAUCGCUUUAAGGAGUUUGGGAAAGAGAUGGUCAAACUCAACUAUGUUGCUGCUCGCAGACAGCAGGAGCUGAAGGACCCUCAGUGCAGGGAUGAGAUGGCAGCGGCUCGAGGGGCUCUUAAGAAGAAUGCCACUAUGCUCUAUACUGCCUCCCAGGCCUACCUGCGCCACCCAGACGUGGCUGCUACACGUGCCAACCGCGACUAUGUCUUCAAACAGGUCCAAGAGGCCAUAGGGGGCAUCUCCAGCUCUGCCCAGGCCACUUCACCCACCGACGAGAAGCACGGGCACGCUGGCAUCGGCGAGCUGGCCGCCGCUCUCAAUGAGUUUGAUAAUAAAAUCAUUUUGGACCCGCUAACAUUCAGUGAGGCUCGCUUCAGGCCGUCACUGGAGGAACGUCUGGAGAGUAUCAUCAGUGGUGCUGCCCUCAUGGCUGAUUCCUCCUGCACACGCGACGAUCGCCGCGAACGCAUUGUGGCAGAGUGCAACGCCGUGCGCCAGGCCCUGCAAGACCUGCUGAGCGAGUACAUGAACAAUACCGGAAGAAAGGAAAAAGGAGACCUGUUAAAUUCAGCUAUUGACAAGAUGACCAAGAAGACCCGUGAUCUUCGCAGACAGCUAAGGAAGGCUGUUAUGGACCACAUAUCUGACUCUUUCCUGGAGACAAACGUCCCUCUGCUGGUGCUGAUAGAGGCGGCCAAGAGCGGGAACGAGAAAGAGGUUAAGGAGUAUGCACAGGUCUUCCGCGAGCACGCCAACAAGCUGGUGGAGGUGGCCAACCUGGCCUGUUCCAUCUCUAACAACGAGGAGGGUGUGAAGCUAGUGCGCAUGGCUGCUACACAGAUCGAUAGCCUGUGUCCUCAGGUAAUCAAUGCCGCCCUGACCUUGGCCGCUCGCCCUCAAAGCAAGGUUGCUCAGGACAACAUGGAUGUUUUCAAAGACCAGUGGGAGAAGCAAGUACGCAUUCUGACCGAGGCCGUUGAUGACAUCACUUCUGUUGAUGACUUCUUGUCUGUUUCAGAGAACCACAUUCUGGAGGAUGUGAAUAAGUGUGUGAUCGCACUGCAGGAGGGGGAUGUGGACACACUGGACAGGACAGCAGGGGCAAUCCGGGGCCGAGCUGCUCGUGUGGUACACAUUAUUAAUGCUGAGAUGGAGAACUAUGAACCUGGCGUCUACACUGAGCGUGUUCUCGAGUCCAUCAAACUCCUCUCUGAGACAGUGAUGCCACGCUUUGCAGAACAGGUUGAGGUCGCCAUCGAGGCUCUUAGCACCAGCCCCCCACAGCCAUUUGAAGAGAACGAGUUCAUUGACGCCUCUCGUCUCGUUUAUGAUGGCGUGCGUGACAUCAGGAAAGCAGUUCUUAUGAUAAGAACUCCAGAAGAAUUGGAAGAUGAUUCUGAUUUUGAGCAAGAAGACUAUGAUGCCCGUAGCCGCACCAGCGUCCAGACAGAAGAUGACCAACUUAUUGCUGGACAGAGCGCAAGGGCUAUCAUGGCUCAGCUGCCUCAGGAAGAGAAGGCCAAGAUUGCCGAACAGGUGGAGAGCUUCAGGCAGGAAAAGAGCAAGCUGGACGCAGAGGUCGCCAAGUGGGACGACAAUGGAAACGACAUCAUCGUGCUGGCCAAACAGAUGUGUAUGAUCAUGAUGGAGAUGACUGACUUCACUAGAGGCAAAGGUCCUCUGAAGAAUUCCUCUGAUGUGAUCAAUGCUGCAAAGAAAAUCGCAGAAGCCGGAUCCAGAAUGGACAAGCUUGCCCGUGCCGUGGCUGACCAGUGCCCAGACUCAGCCUGUAAGCAGGACUUAUUGGCAUACCUCCAGAGAAUCGCCCUCUACUGCCACCAGCUCAACAUCUGCAGCAAGGUCAAGGCUGAGGUGCAGAACCUGGGAGGAGAACUCAUUGUUUCAGGGCUGGACAGCGCUACAUCCCUCAUCCAUGCGGCCAAGAACUUGAUGAACGCCGUGGUCCUCACAGUCAAGGCCUCCUAUGUGGCUUCCACCAAGUACCAGAAGGUGUACGGCACGGCGGCGGUCAAUUCCCCGGUGGUGUCCUGGCGCAUGAAGGCCCCGGAGAAGAAACCCCUGGUGAAGAGAGAGAAACCAGAGGAGUGCCAGACCCGUGUCAGGCGAGGCUCGCAGAAGAAACACAUCUCCCCCGUCCAAGCCCUCAGCGAAUUCAAGGCCAUGGACUCCUUUUAACUCCGCACCACAGAUGCCCAAAACUCCUCUUCCUUCUCUCUUGAUUUCUUCUCCUCUCCUGUUACGGCUUAUUUUCUUGGAACUGUAUCUUGUCCCAUGCAGCGACGUGCGUGCGUGUGUGUGUAUGUGCCCAGUAAAUGUCUGUGAGUUGGAGGGUUUGGCCACCCAUCCUCUUUGAACCAAUUUUGGCUGUAAAUGAGAAACAAACAAACUCGUGAAGGAAACGUUUACAGUGCAGGCUGCGGUACAAUUCAUGUGGUGUUCAUUCUCACUGACUGGCCAUAUAUACACAGAGAUAUUAAAGAAUAUAAUCUAUGGUACAGUAGUGUCAGCCCGAACCGAGGCAGAAGUGCUGCUUUCCUUCCUAAUGAUUUUAUUAUUGUUAUUAUUAUUACUAUUUAAAAUGAAUAUGACCCAUAGUAUUAGGAAUGACUUAUGUUGAAACAAGUUUCUUCCUUCUUCCCAGUUAUUCAUAUGGUGAUCUGAUGCACUAGUUUUUGCAUUUAAAAUCCAUUUCUUUAAUUAUAUUACUGUAUCACUAACCACGGCAGCCAGGUUGGCUAUAGUAUUACAUUUAGAAAAGGACUAGUUGUGUGGUUUGCUCAGAGAAUAGUAGAAUCCUGCAUACCUUUAUAGUCCUGAUUCUCUAAUAAACCUUGCAACUCUG